AACGCUUCAUCUGUUUGUGAUCUGAGAUGUGUGUUUAUCACGCAAAUGGUUCCUAUGAUUAUCUAUAUGAGUGAGAGAGUAUGCACAGAUAAUUCCUAUAUGCCAGGGAAUUUACUAAAUAAAUGCUGCAGCAAGUGAGACAUAACCAACGUGUUACCAGCAGACGAAAAUUCUACUGUAUUUACAUUAUCAAAUAUAUUGUAGGUCAAAAUCGAAAUACUCAGCAGCUUCCGAGUAGUCAUUGAGUUGUACCGGAUGCUGUGAAUUGUUUGUGUGUAGUGUUGUUUACACAUUUUAUAGUUUUAAAGCGUUCACAUUUCAGAUUGAGACGACGUUCUUACAUUUGGGAAUUAUGUUACUCUGAUUCAGUACAGAAAAUGGAUGUUUACACUUGAAGGAAAAUUACAUGAAAAGAAUUGGCAUUGUGGAGAAAUGCAGACAAGGGUCCGUUUACAGGACAGGCAGUAUGUUCAAUGGAAAGGUUUACCGUUCUGUCGGUGUAAUACUUGUGCUUGGUGGAGUUUUGUACCUGUUUAUGGCGACAAGAAUUAACAAUGGAGUAAAUGUAGGCGAUGUUGUUGUGCUGCAGCCAGUGCCUACAGAUGAAACACCAAAGAACCUCACUCCAUUCCAAAUACAUCAGCUGCGUGUAGCACCUGAUAAUGCUGCUUCGGUGACACGAGCGAUAGAUGUUAAUAUAAACAAAAUCCUCCCAAAACAACCAACAAUGGACAUCGAUCAUCAGGAUCAAGUAAACAAUGUCACAGAAACGGAACCAACCAACGAACAAAUAAGCAAAAAUAUUUCCAUUAACAUUAACAAAAUUAUUACAUUGACAAGGGAUCAACCAAGUGUCGUAAAACCAAUUUCACCAAACAGUUCCAAGGAUGUUAUAAAGAAAAAUGUUACUGUUCUAAGUGAUAGAAAGAUCGUCCUUAUUAUAGCUUACAUGAGGACAGGGUCAACGCUAACUGCUUCGCUGUUUCAAGAAUUUCCUGGCACUUUUUAUGUUUUUGAACCAAUUCGAGGUCUGACCGGAAAGUUCAAAGAGCUGCUGAAGAACAAUCAGACGUACACAACAAUGCAUUACAUCCAUGGGAAAGAAAGAAAUUAUACGGUUUCGCAGAAAUAUGAAGUGAUUUUGGAUGAAAUUAACAGCUGGCUAACAUGUAAGCUCGGUUCAAUAAGUAAAGAGAGCCUCAAUGAUGACUUCCAUAGAUAUUACACCAAAAUAAUGAAGAUUUUUUACUUUUGUAGCAAAGGCCCGAUGGCUCGUUUUAAAGACGCAAAGACAUUUAGAAUGCAUGCCAGAAUUCAUCCACGAUUACGGCAGUAUUUUGAUAGGUCAAAAAGUAUUGAUACAUGUUUAAAAGCGGCAAUUGGUUCUUGUGAAAAAUCACCGCAAAGGGUAUUAAAAUUGAUACGAUUGCCAAUGGAAGAGGCUGCAAAGUUGUUACCAUUUUAUCCAAAUAUGAAAAUAAUACAUCUUCUCCGUGAUCCACGAGGAAUUCUGAAUUCUAGAAUAAAGGUCAAAGCCAUAACCCCAAGUAUCUAUAAGAAGAAUGUUCAAGAGCUUUGCAGUCGAUUUGAGGAUGACCUUAAGCAUUCAAAAAGAAUUUUGCAACAGUAUUCGGACAGACUUAAAAUUGUCCACUAUGAAGAUAUGGCAGAAAACCCGAUGGUAACUGCGCAUUCUCUUGUAGAAUUUGCUGGGUUAGAGUUUUUAAAACCUAUGCAAGACUUUAUUCGUAAACAAACAAGUUCAUUGCGUGACUCCUGUGCCUAUUGCACACAAAGAAAAAAUUCUAGUACAACAGCACAUAAGUGGCGGACACAGCUUGACCCAAAAUAUGCAAGGUAUAUUUAUGAUACGUGCAAAAAGAGUAAUAGUGUUUUAGGUUAUCUUCCUUUACCAUCUAUUGACGCAAUGAGAGAUGAAGGAGUUCCUUCAAGACAAAUUGUGGACGUAAAUAAAGAACUUUUGAUAAACGAGAAUUUCUGACACCAUUGCAAAACGUUAUAUUUACAGUAUUUACAGAAAUACAUUCCAAAUCAUAAAUCCAGUAAUGGCGAAAAGGACAAUCAAAGUUGUUUCAUGGAAUUAUAUCGAGAAUAAAUGUUUCUUUCAAAGCCAUUUUGACAAAAUGGGCCCAUAAUUCAUGUAACGUUUUCUUAUGUUACUUAUUUCUUUGUGUUUAUGAAAUAAAGGAUAUACAUCGAAACUAGAAGAUGCAGGUUCAUAAGACUUGUUAUCUGAAAGGAAAAUAUUGUCAAGAGAAGCAUCUGUGAUACUUACAGCGUUGUCCAAUGCUGCUCCAUUUUAGACAUGUUGUAUAAGGAAUGAAAUAUGUUAAUUAGACUGUAAGCAGAAGAGUAAAUACCCCCGGAAUUAUGAGGUGGUAUUUUGUUAGAUGGAAGCAACAGGUCUUUCAUUAAAAAAAUGACGAGUGAUUUUACAUGAACUUGGAUCGAUAUAUUUCGAAUAGGAUUUUCUUGAAACUUUUAGUAAUAUACUUUUUGUGAAGUUUUCUUCUUCCGAUUUACUUUUACACAUGGGAAGUGGAAGGAAAUUGCCACAUAUAUUUAAAGUUUUUUUCAUUUUUCAUACAUUGAAAUUAGUAACCCUUAAGAUAACUUUAGACCUGUGUAUUGAAAAUACUUUAGCGAGAUAAAACGUUUCGAUGCAGUUUUAUCUAAAUACUCUCAACCGGUCACAGUGUAAAUCUUUCCCACCGAAGUAUAUACAUUAAAGAGAUAUAUAUUUUCUACGUA